CCCCACCACACAGCCUUGCCACCUCAAUUGCAUGCCCCUUUUGUUCAUUUCACCACCCCUUGUUGUUCUCUUCUCCUCUAAAAACCAAAGCACUCCAAAACCAACCACUAAGCCAAGAAAGCGAAACGGACACUGCCUUUAAAGAAACAGAGCAGAAACCAAAUCCAACGCUUCUUCUUCUUCUUCAUUUUCCCAUGGCUGUAGAAGCUCGGCAUCUCAAUCUCUUCCCUCCUCAACUCUUAGGCAACAGGGAAAUAAUGAAUCACGUUGAAGCAAAUCCGAAUAUCUUCAAUACCCAUAUGGGAUAUCAGGUUCCAUUAUCAGGAACUACAACCGAGACACAGCUUCCCAUGUACAGCUCUAUAAUCACGGAUUCAAUACCUCAAAAAACACCAAUCAAAUCAGAGAGCGGUCUCACCUACAAUCUGCCUAUGCCGAGAAAACGCCCAAGAGAAUCUAUCAACACUCUCCUCUCAUACCCGAAUUCCCAACCCAACUUGAAGACCGCUUCCCCCUUCUCCUUUCUUGGCCAAGAUCUCUCCCUCCAUAUCGAGCAACAGCAACUAGACGUCGACCGCCUUAUUUCCCAACAUAUGGAGAAAGUGAGGAUGGAGUUGGAAGACAAGAGAAAGAGGCAAGCGAGGAGGAUAAUAGAGGCAAUAGAGGAAGGGAUGCUCAAGAGGCUAAGAGCGAAGGAAGAAGAAAUCGAAAAGAUGGGUAAAUUAAAUUGGGCACUGGAAGAGAGGGUCAAAUCCUUGUGCAUAGAGAACCAAAUAUGGCGAGACCUUGCUCAAACCAACGAGGCCACAGCCAAUGCUCUAAGGACCAACCUUGAACAAGUCCUAGCAGCGCAGGUUAAGGAUGAGCGCAUCCGGGGCGAAACUGCAGCAGAAAUGGACGAUGCCCAAUCAUGCUGUGGCAGCAGCGGUGAAGGAGAAAUGAAAAGGUUCUCGGAGCGGUGUAUGAUGGCAAGUGGGGUGCAGGAUAAGGACACAAGCAGGCUGUGCAGGAACUGUAGGAAGGAGGAGUCGUGUGUGUUGCUAUUGCCGUGCAGGCAUCUAUGCCUCUGCACUGUUUGUGGGUCUAGUCUCAAUACUUGCCCCAUCUGUAAAGCCACCAAGAAUGCCAGUUUCCAUGUUAACAUGUCAUGAGUUUACCAAAACACCAGAGAAACAAAAAUCCGAAAGAGAAACAGUUUGAAGAAAACAAAAUUAAAAAUGUUAAAUUUUACAUCUUUAUUUUCUUGGUCUA